CCGUAGGUGAAGAGCCGCGCCGUUCUUUGGUGUUCUUGGAUUAUUCGCGUUAAGGACUUUGCGUUUUUUUUGCUUUAUUCCAACUUCUUUGGGGAUUUCACUGCUGUCUGCCGAAGGUUUUGGGCUAGCGCUCCGGCUCCGUGAGAACGUGUUGCGCUGUCUGUUCUCGGAUUUUGCAUUUUCUCUCUUGGGACUGUGGUGGGUUUGUUUCCACUGUGGAUUAUAAUUGCAACAUGACCCUGGAAGAGAUCGUGGCGUGCGACAACGCGGCUCAGAAGAUGCAGACGGUGAGCGCAGCGGUGGAGGAGCUUCUGGUGGCUGCGCAGCGCCAGGACCGCCUCACCGUGGGGGUGUACGAGUCGGCCAAGCUGAUGAAUGUGGACCCGGACAGCGUGGUCCUGUGCCUCCUAGCCAUAGACGAGGAAGAGGAGGAUGACAUCGCUCUGCAGAUCCACUUCACGCUCAUCCAGUCAUUCUGCUGUGACAACGACAUUGAUAUCGUGCGGGUCUCCGGUAUGCAGCGCUUGGCACAGCUGCUGGGUGAGCCGAUCGAGACCCAGGGCACCGCGGAGCCCCGGGACCUGCACUGCCUCCUGGUCACGAAUCCACACACGGACGCCUGGAAGAGCCAGGGACUGGUGGAGGUAGCCAAUUACUGUGAAGAAAGCCGAGGAAACAAUCAGUGGGUCCCCUACAUCGCCCUGCAGGAGCGCUGAGUCCCCUCCUGGCCCCAGAGCCUGCUGAGUUGCUGCCAAAAAAAUAAUCAAAUAAAUAUUUGAGCCCCUCCCCCCAGCACAAUCUCCCCCCCCCAAAAAAUACCCAACUUAUGAGACCACUGGGGGGCAGAGUCAUUGGAGAUUUGAGGACAAGGAGAGGGGAGUGUGGGGUCACCCCGGGACGGUGGCCUGGAGCGGCGCCAUCGAUGGCCACAGAGAGAGAGGAGAGGGGUCCCCCUGGCCAGCAGAAGAGGGGACCCCACGGCACAGGCCUGGUGACAGCCGACGCCAGAGUGGGGGAGCCCUGCCUCCCCCCAGCACGGAGAGCCUGGACUCUACCUUUGGAGGUUGGGCGAGACCUGUGGCGUCGCCCACCUUUGUUGAGGCUGGAGCUGCCAUCUACAAAAAGGACUUGGCUGAGCGAGGGCGUGGACCCUUGUCAGGAUUUUCUACUUCGGGACUUAGAGCUGGGGCCCACGUUGUAUGGGUCCCAGGAACUCCUAGUUUGCAAAUGCUAUAGACAAUCUAUUUUGUUACCUGCACUUGUUACUUGAACCACUGAAAAGAGAGACAGAAGGCUCACAGAUUUCUUCUAUUUUUAUUUCUAGGAUGGCUUUGUAAUAAAUUUGUAAAGCCUCAGGCUUGCUU